AUGUCGUCGACAUCAACUUACAAACGUGUUAAAAAUCUUUCACGAAAGCGAAUUAGAAUGAACUUAAAAUAUAUUUUAAAUGCUUACCAGUGCGUCAAGUUUCCCGAGUUUAAUACCUGCAAAAAAAUAAAAGAGAAAAGUGAUGAAAAUGUGAUGAGAAAAUAUUCAAAAACUUCAAACGAGAACACGACAGACACCUCCAAUAAACACUUCAACGUAACUUCGGAUGCUUCACAGUUCGCUAAGGGAAUGAGGAAACCAAACCGAACCGAACCUUUCGGCUUUCACUUCUUGACAGGAAAAAGAAGAAAGUUCUCACUGUCUACAAUGCAUCACUGUUAUGCCCUCAAGAAUCGAAGAAAAAUGGAUGAAUCUAAAGCAAAUCGUAAUGAAGAAAAGAAAAAAAAAGAAAAGCUAAAAGAUGAAUAG